UGAAGAUGAGGAUGACGAUAAUGGGGACAUGGAUUUCACCUCAGGGCAGUCGACAGAGGGGCCAUGUUCAAAGAAGUGCCAUCGAGAAGAAGAUCGGUGGCAUCUCAAAGAGGAGAAAGAUGCAAGACCAGACCCCCUCAGGUUCUUGCCCGUUAGGGAACCUGGCCCCACCAUUGACCCAUCCGCCUCAUGGUCACCCCUUUCACUUUUCCAGCUGUUUUUUAGCGACACUGUCCUCAGCACCAUCAUUGCAAACACGAAUACAAAUGCUGCCAAGAGUUUGGAGGCUGGAAUGAGGUUUUUUUGGAAACCUCUGACAUUAAGUGAUUUCUACAUCUUCUUGUCCAUCAUCGUCUUUUCUGGACUUGUUAAAGUUCAUGUCAGAGGGGACUAUUGGAGGAAGGAAUGGCCAUACAACUUCCGAUUUCCUGGUGAUUCAAUGAGAAAGGAUUGCUUUGAAUCCAUUUUAUGGUCCCUGCAUUUAAGCAACCCGGCAGAGGAUGAAAAAAAUGACCGCAAGAAGAGCACUGCGGGGUAUGACAGACUGUUUAAGAUCAAGCCGCUGUACACCCAGAUAGUGAAUGCCUGCAAAGCACACUUCCAGCCUUAUCAGAACAUUUCCAUCGCUGAAAGGAUAGUGGCAUCUAAGGCUUGUGUAAGUAUGAAUCAGUACAUGAAGGACAAGCCCAAAAAGCGGGGGCACAGAAUAUUUGUGCUUACGGACUCCUUAACGGCCUACAAAUGGAAUUUCUUUGUCUAUGAGGGGAAGAGUGUGCAUGGUCCAGGACGGGGUUUGAACUACACUCCAGUCAUGGACCUUAUGGCAUUCCCUCUGCUCGGUCAGGGCUAUACAGUGUUUGUCGACAAUUUCUAUUCCAGCCCUGCCCUCUUUGAGGAAUUAUCCAGACAAAACACUGGUGCAUGUGGAACAAUCAGAAGAAACCAGGCUGGCUUUCCAAAGACCAAACAGAAUGACCUACCAAAAAAUGCGGAAAGGGGAGAUAUGCGAUGGAUACGACAGAACAACCUUCUGUUUGUAAAAUGGAUGGACACUUGUCCUGUGACCAUUUGCUCCACUGUACAUGAAGCGUUCAGUGGACAGACUGUGCAGAGGAAAGGACUCUGGGACACAGAGAAUGUGACCGUCCCCGAUCCUGUUUUGGCAUACAAUCGCAACAUGGCGGAAGUGAAUGCAUCUGAUGCUUUGACUGACUAUCACGGCGUUCACCACAAAACUAUGAAAUGGUAUCAGACCUUCUUUUGCCAUUUUAUUGACAUUGCUAUCGUCAACAGCUUCCUUCUCCUCAAGGAACUACACAAGAAGAAGAACAUCCCCACCAUGAAGAAGCCUCUCACUCUGAAGAGCUUCAGGGAGAAGCUUGCUGCAGAAAUGCUGGAGUUUGCCAAAGUUUCGGCACCACCAACACCAACAUCAACCGCCUGCAUGCCUGCAUACUAUGGAGACAAUGGGACUGAAUCCAGGAGGUACUGCAAGAGGUGCCAGAAUGCUGGUAUUAGAAGGAUGAAGACACCCGUGUACUGCACAAAGUGCCAGGUUCCCCUCUGCUUUACCAGUAAAAGGAACUGCUUCAGGGACUGGCAUGAAAAGUAA